CAGCGUAUAAAAUCUUGGUGGUUGUGUGUUUUCCCCUUUGCCGUUUAUAUACAGAAGCCCCUCCGCGUAUUUGUAACAACCAGUUCAAGUGCUUGAGGCAUAGAUAUCAAUUCGUAACAGAUCGUUCAAUGAGUGAAAGUACAACGUCGCGUGGCUCCGACCAUCACGGUCUUUCAGACACGCUCAAGAAACAGCAGCAGGCGCUGAAGAGGCGUCUUCGCCAGACGCUACACAUCCACGGGCACCCUGCUGAGGCCACAACCAUGGACCGCCAUGGUGAUGUUUCCAGCACCACCAACGGCAGCAACCCACACAUCGUUGACACCACGGGCGUCACCUUCAACAACAACUACACAGAGCAGCCGCCGGCGCAGAUCGACUGCGAACAGCCGUCGUCGUUGAAUUCGAGCAUGAUCUUUGAGAGAUCGGUGAUGCAGCCGAUAUCCAGAACACAGAGCUUUGCCUCCGCCAGAUCGAUACCUCAUCUGACCCAGGAGGCGUUGGUUCCAAGCGUGCUGGACGCCGCAGCUGCUCAGGAUGAUAACGCUGACCACUUCGACCUCAUCUGCGGCCCCUCAGGCCACCCGCUGUGUAAGAGAAGACACUCUGCGGUCUCCAUGGCGGGCUGUCCUUUCCACCAGUCUGAGAACACUCUGACCGUUGUUCUGAGCAACGAGACUGGCGAGGAGAGAGAGGAAGGAGGCGAGGAGGAGCCUGAGGAGAAGGUGAACCACGGUGACGUGGUUCAUGAACAGAGAACGGGGGAAGAAGCGGAGCAGGAGGUUGACUACUCGGAUCAAACCAAGCUGAACUUCUGCUCGUUUGCAGACUUGGUUAGUGACGAGGAAAACACCGUGGACCAUGACCUAUACCAUGACCCAAAGCCCGUCCCAUUGACGAGAAGAAGCUCCGUUGUUGUCAUCCCAGCAACUGCUUUGAAAGAGCACUGUUAGUGGCUCGCUAGCCAUCACUGCUGCCACCACCACUACUACGUUUACCACUGUCAUAUUAUUAUUGGCUUCUUACAUACCAUCGCCAUGGUGGUAUACAUCAUAUAGCAUCGU